AGUGCAGCUGGUAUUUGCAACUAAUAAAUGGAAAAUUUUCUACCGCACUAAUGCUCCCAGGGCUCUGUAUAUAUUUGCAUUUCAUGAAUAUGUAAAUGGAUCCUCAGAGCUAGAAGAUCAAAUUUAGUUCACAGUGCACAAUGGUAGCCAGCCAGUAUUCUUCCCAGGCUUCGAAUAGGCAGAGGAUUAAACAGCCAGCUUCUGUUCCAUUUCUUUGGGAAGUCAGGCCAGGUCUCCCUAAAAAGGACUGGAAGCCUAACCCUUCUGUCACACCAGUUGAUCCCAUUGCUCUGCCUCCCGUCAAGCUCAUCGCCUCGGUGCCAUUCAAAUGGGAAGAAAUGCCAGGGAAGCCUCUUCCUUACUCCCUGAGGGAAAAGCCAAAGGCAGCUCCGCUACUACUCUUACCCCCACCACCAUCUAUGCCAGCUGAUUUUCAAUCACCUGCGCGUACAGUGUACUCUCAAAAUUAUUGUGAUAAUUCAGAUGAUGAAAUGUAUGAUUCAUACCUUGAUGCAUGGGGUUUUGAGUUCGAUGAGGAGUCCAUCAGCUCUGCUCCAUCGCUUGUAGCCAAUCGCCUGAUACCAACUUUGGCGCUUACUAAUGCUGUUCCAGUGGAAGAGAAUGUUCCGAUGGAUACCAACAGUGGCCAGCUACAAGCACCAGGUUCACCAGCAUAUGAGAGUGACAGCAGUACAAGCAGUUACGCGAGUUAUGCAACUGGUAACACAAGCCUAGUCGGAGCACCAUUCCUGGAACGUCUUUUUCCAUUACUAACUCCCAAGGUAAGUUUCCUGGGGAAACAUGGAUGCAACAAGGGAAUAGACUCCACACCUCAGGCAGUACCAGGCAAGGACGUGGAUGUUGAAAGUGAACGCAGCCUUGCGGUGAAGAGGCCAUCCACUCUGGGAGAGCUAAUACUAAUGAGCCGAAGAAGAAGCUAUCAGAGGAAAGCCAACUUAAUGCGUGAACAGGACCUCUCUAUGGAAUUUAUGAAGAAAAGCAUGCUUGGAUGCUGCAGGGUUGGAAGCGGCAACAAAAUUAAAGGACUACAGGAGAAGUGGAAGCAGCAACUGCAACUGAAGCUCAGUUAGAAGCAACUCUGUCUAGAUUGCAUCCAAAUCGCGAUGCUUACGUUAAUACGUUCCACUUAACGGAUUACUUUCAGAGCUACUAGUUCUUCCACAAUGCUUCUAUCUUCUAAAAAUAUGUAAAAACUUUAAUAUUUAAACAAGUGCAAUAUGUUUGUUCAA